AUGGCGAAGGCGAAGGCGAAGGAUGCAAAGGGCUCCGAAGAUUCAGAGCAUUUGGCUGAAUUUGUUGGUACUGAAAUAACUUGCCCUGUUUGUUUGGAAGUAUAUGAUGAUCCUAAGUGCCUUCCCAACUGUGCGCACAAUGUUUGCGUCACAUGCCUCAGAAACUUAGCCAAACGAAACCGCAAGAAAGGUACAUAUAUGGUAGAGUGUCCAGAAUGUCGCACGAAGUCGACAGUUCCAUCGUCUGGAGUUACUGCUUUCCCCACAAACCACUUACUAAAGCGGCUCAUAGAGAACUCCCCUGAAUAUAGGGCAAGGCGUGCUUUUGAAGAGGCCCUUAAAUAUUACAGAGAACAAAAGGAAAAGAUUGAGGAAGAGUUACACGCACUCACAACCAUUCCAAGGAAUGUGUUGUCUGAAGAGAGCAAGAAGAGAUUAAAAGAUCAAAUAAAAUCAGAAGCUAAACGCGUGAAGAAAAAAAUCGAGGAAGAAGAGAGAAAGCUCUUGUCUCAAGUAGAUGAGAUCUACAGUGAAAAGUCUUACCAAAGUCAGUUUGAAAUGAAACACAGAGAGGUCAACCAGCUGUAUGCUAAAGUUUCAAAGGCCCUGGAAGGUGUUGACAAAGUUAAAGAAGAGCACGACUGGGAGAAGUUUCAGAAAUCAAAAGAGAUCUUUGAAAAACAGUUUCAAGAUAGUCUCAAAGUUUUAGAGGCCUCAGUCAAUAACUUGCGUAGUAUGAAAGGGAAAGCUAUCAAUCAGGCAGCAACUGCCAAAUUUACUGCAGGAAGGGUGGACAAAUCUAGCAAAAUCCUGGGGGUAAUUUCUUGUGAUCCACCUGAAAAAGCCACUUCUAAAUCAGAAACUACAUAUGGUGAUGGUGAAGUCAUUCGUCAUAUUGACACUGACUUUAUUCCAAAAGCAGUAUCUGUUUCUCCACAUACAGGUGAGAUUGCAGUUCUGGAUGCAGAAAACAACCGUGUUCAUAUUUUCACUGCUGCUGGGGAUCACCAAAAGGAAUUUGAUGUCAAAUAUGGUGAUCUUAAGGAAAUUGCUUACUCUAAGAAUGAUGACAUUGUAGUUCUAAACCAAGAGAAGAAUCGCCUUUUACACUUUGACAAGGAUGGUGCUUUCAUACGCAAGUUUGUCAAGUCUCCUAAUAGCUCUGUGAGGUUUCAGAAGUUAACAACAGGUGUGGAUGGCCAUUAUGUGCUUACAACAUUGACUGAAGAUGGACCUGGUAUUUUAAUGUAUGAUUCUGAAAGAUGCCAUAAGCUAGCAUUCACAUCAAGUCACUUUCAAGGCAACAAAUUGGCUGCAGUGCAUCACAAAGAUAAGUAUUAUGUCACUGACCACAGCAGCACAAUCAAGAUCUUUGACAAGAAAGGCAAAUUUCUUCAAGAAACAAAGAGUCUUGGAGGUAGUGCGGCAAAUCCCUCCAAGCUUUACUCACUGGCUGUGGAUGAUGCACACGACUGCCUUGUAUGCAUUUCCAAGCAGAGCAACCAGAACACAAUCCUUGCCGUGAAAACUGAUGGCAAUAUUGUGUCCAAGGCUCCAAUAGGUGGUAGUCUCAAUUCCAUUGCAAUGUCCAAAGGAUCCAACAGUUUGGUGGCAACUUUUCAUAUGAAGAAGUUCAUUCAAAUUUUACCUCACAAAGUUUGAUGCCAAUUUUUCACAACUUUAUUACUUUGACAGUGCAAUACUGUUAUUACUAUCAGAGAGUGCUUUAAAAUGGUUUUUGUAACACUGGACACAUUAUAUUACCCUUGUUGAGGGAGUUAGCCAACAGGGAGUUCAUGUGAUCACUGUAAUCACUGCAAAACUUAUUCUAUGUGUUGAAACUUUGUUCUGUUUGUUAGCUGCUUUCUGAAAUGAGGGUUAUAUUAAUUUUGUUUCCUUAGUUUAUGGCUGUAUAGGUAGUUACUCUGUAAUGUUAUUGUUAGGCAGCAGAAAAAAAAAAUCACUCUUUGGAUAACAGAGAGGUACCCUAAUAUGGUUAGGAUUACUUUUCAGGACAACAGGACCUCUCUCUUACAGCCCUUUACCAUUCAAGUUUAAAUAAGCCUAAGUGAUAAAUGUUUCCUGAUUGGUUUUGAUCAGUUUGAUUUAUAGUUAUGUCAUACUAAUGUCAUGUUCUCAAUUGAUGAGGACAUGAACUUUGAAAUUCAAACUUUGUCCACAUUAACAUAGUUUUAACAUAGUUAUAUAUAUGUAGGUAUAUAUAUAUAAUAUUUCAUUUUAAUAGUUUUGAUAGUUUUAUAUUUGCUGCACAUUUAUUAAUACCAGCAGUUAGACUGUAAAGGGUGAUAUGUUAGGUGGUACAAUAAUUACUGUUUAUUACCAGAAUGCUGGACUGAUUAUAAUGAUUGUGGAUUUAACUCAAUCAGGCACAUCUUGAAGAACUUGUAAUGCUUUUUUUUUUAAACUAGAUGUAAAGCUAAACAAAAUUUGUUGUCUAGAAAAAAUUAUCUCAAUGUAAGUAACCAACCAAACUUAUCAAAUUAUAAAUGAAAUCGAGAUAACUUCACUUGUUUUACUUUUAAAGCUGUCCAAUGGACAGGUCAUUGGAAUAAAAGAAAUGAU